AUGUUUGCAGCAUCUAAAUUUUCGCCAGAAUGCUGCAUCGAGUUGCUGGAAGAUAAAGUCCUAAUUGGUACAGGGCACAAAGGGUUAACUAUUAAUAAAGGUGCAGGUCGUGAAGAAUCUCUAUGUUGUCUAAGUUGUGGUGCUGAAUACAGCAAUUCCCUGAUGCUGCGUUACCAUGAAUGUGUUGAAGUAAAAAUUGAAGGUGAUGAGGCCGAUGCAUUUUCAUUUCCAUGUCUAAAAUGUCCAAAAGUUUACAAAAGCAGGACUUGCUGGUAUCGUCAUAUGAAAUAUGAAUAUAACCUGUUCUAUCCAUUCCAAACAAUGAGGAUCACCCAGAAAACUCAUGAGUGUGAUGUUUGUGGAAGAAUGUAUAAACAUAAUAAGAAUCUAGUUAGACAUCGAGACUAUGAAUGUGGACUUGAACCAAGAUUCAAAUAUUCUACCACGAAUUGGUACUCACCAUCCACUACACUUUGUACUAAAUGCAACCAAUUCUUUUUGAAUUCAUAUGAAAAGAAUCAUCAUAUUUGCAAGGUAACACAAUUAUCAGAAAAAUUGGAAGAUAUAGUUUUUUCUUGUCCAAAAUGCGGAAAAACUUACAAAUCUCGCAGUUGUGUCUAUCGUCAUAUGAAAUAUGAAUGUGGAAAAUUGCCCGCUUUCAAAUGCGACCUCGGAUUUUCUAUAGAUUAUAAUUAUGGAUUUGAUGUAACAAAUCAGCAAGAUGGUCACCCUUAUAGAUGUCACUUAUGUGGAAAAUGUUACAUGCACAAAGGAAAUAUGCGACGUCACAUGCGAUUCGAAUGUGGAAAACCGCCUCAUUUGAAAUGCGAUCACUGCAGAAAUAUGGAAUACAUGUUACCAAACUUCAGAAAUGAAUAUUAUCCGAACCGGCAAGAAGAAUGUCCCUUUAAGUGCGGAAUUUGUGGAAAAUUUUAUAAAUACAAAAGCAAUAUGCAACGUCAUAUGCGAUUUGAAUGUGGAAAACAACCUCAAUUGAAAUGUGAUCGUUGCCCUUACCGAACUUAUUACAAACAUCAUCUGAAUAGCCAUUCGGUGACCAGGCAUCCUUAA